AUGGACGUGGAGAGGCAGUGGGCUUUUGCGGACGGCCAAUCUCUCGAUUCGUCGGUAUAUUCCAGCUGGCACCCCAGUCAACCAAACAAUCAUGCUAACGAAGACUGUGGCGCAAUUUCGGAUUCCGGACACUGGCAUGACAGCACGUGUAAUAGCCCCACUAGGAGAUUCAUCUGCCAGUUACAACCAGGGUGCCCAUCAGCAGGCUACGUUAGCUUCAGUGGAAAUUGCUUCAAGUUCUUUGCAGAGAUGAUGACGUAUUUUGACGCUAAACAGACGUGUGCAGAUGACGGUGCCCUGUUGGCCAUGCCGAAAGACAGCGCGACCAACUCUUUUAUCACCAGCCUUGUACCACCCGGCGGACGUAUUUGGAUUGGAAUGACCGACAUAAAAGUGGACAGACAGUGGGUAUUUGCGAACGGCCAAUCUCUGGAGUCAUCGGUCUAUUCCAACUGGGGCACAGAUGAACCAAACAAUCAUGCUAACGAAGACUGUGGCGCACUUUCGGAUUCCGGACACUGGUAUGCCAGCACGUGUAAUACGCAAAUCAGGAGAUUCAUCUGCCAGUUUCAACCAGGGUGUCCAACACCAAGCUACAUAAGUUUCAGCGGAAAUUGUUUCAAGCUAUUUGCUGAGACGAAGACGUUCUUUGAUGCCAGACAGACGUGUGCCGAGGAUGGUGCCCUGUUGGCCAUGCCGAAAGACAGCGCGACCAACUCGUUUAUCACCAGCCUUAUACCAACCGGUGGAGGUCGGUGGGUUGGGCUGUCUGAUAUGGAAGUGGAAGGCCAGUGGGUAUUUGCGGACGGCCAAUCUCUGGAGUCAUCGGUCUAUUCCAGCUGGUAUCCAGAUCAACCAAACGAUUAUGGUGGCCUGGACUGUGUCAACCUUUUUGCUUCCGGGCGCUGGGAAGAUGAUUCAUGUGACGCCAACAAGACAUUCAUCUGCCAGUUCCAAACAGCGUGUCCAAUAGCGGGCUACGUCAACGUCAAGGGAAUCUGCUACCAGUUCUUUGCUCAGAAGAAGACGUACGGCCAGGCUGAAGAGACGUGUGCCGCAGGCGGGGCGCUGCUAGCCAUGCCGAAAGACAGCACGACCAACUCUUUUAUCACCAGCCUUGUACCACCCGGCGAACGUCUUUGGAUUGGACUGACUGACAUGGAAGUGGAAAAACAGUGGGCUUUUGCGGACGGCCAAUCUCUGGAGUCAUCGGGCUAUUCCAGCUGGCACCCAACGUGCCCGAUACCAGACUACGUGAGUUUCAAGGGAACCUGCUACAAGGACUUUACAGAGCGCGUGACGUACAGCCAGGCCGAACAGGCGUGUGCCGCGGACGGAGGAAUGCUGGCCAUGCCGAAAGACAGCGCGACCAACUCUUUUAUCGCCAGUCUGAAACACGGAGGGCGAUGGCUUGGGCUGACUGCCGGGGACCAGAAUGGCCAAUAUUGA